UGCAGGACAUCAAAAGAGCUAACAAUAGUAUACGAGAGGAACAAAUUCUAUUGAAGUCCAUGAUUGAACGCAUAAAUUCCAUUUAUGUCAAGCCUGAGUUGAAGGAGAAUGAAAGACUUCUGAAAAACAGCAAGACCAAUCCUAUCACCACCCCUCAUAAGACAUGCAAAAUUACGGAAAAUAUCAAAAAGAGUGACAGCAAGUCAAUAUUUAAUAUGGAUUUGGACCCAAAUAUAUGUCUUGAUGUGUCAGAUGAUGAGGAUGAUGUCAUGGAACUAGAUCGAACAACCAUAACCCGCCAAGAUCCACGCAAAGUUGCUGUCCAACGGAACAUUCCCUCUAUCAAACGCCAGAAACUGUCACCCUAGCCAAAUGGAAAAGGGAAGGUGAAACCACUAUCAAAGCCAUGGUUCCCUGGACCUGGUGAAAGGAGAACCAGGUUCCAAAAUACAGUUGAGGCAUUCAGAGGUGUACAACGACCGCGCCGUAUGUCAACUUCUGAAAUGGAUGCACAAGAAUCCCGUGGAGAAGCAGUACGAGCAUCAAGCAUGCCAGUUGCUGCACGUGUACGCGCAGAAUCGAAACCGCUAUCUAUUUUUGGACAGCAAAAUUUGGUAGUGCAGAAGAAACCAAAGGGAAUAACAACUUAUUUUAAAAUAGGUGGUGAGAUUAAUUUGACUAAGGGACAAGUAGAGAUGUUUGCAUAUGUUUUUGAUCCGGAUUUAUUACCAAGUGAGCACAUUGUAAAGAUAGGAGGUACGUCCGCAACACGUCAAGAACUUUUUUGCUUGAGCAAGGAUCAUACAAUUACUGCCAAGAUUAUGGAGCUUUGGGCUAGGAAAUGUACUUGGGACCAAAGAAUCAUUACUCUGAAGACAACUUGGUGCCUUCCUCCCUCUUUUUCAGUUGAUGUAUUUCAACAUCUCCAAAUAGAAGAGUUAAUUGAUAAAUAUGCAGAUUAUAUGGGAAAAUACCCUUCACUUGAAUAUAUUUAUAUACCCAUUCAAGAUAAUGAUCACUGGUAUCUAAUGGUCAUGAGUUUAGAACCAAAAAUUAUUUUCCAUUUGGACUCCAACCUGCCCCAUGAGCGCAAGGAACCAAGAACUGAAUCUACUAACACUCUGCACACUUUGAAAUCCAUUGAAUGCAAGAUUGAAGUUCUUGAAACUUGGACACAAUUUUUGUAA